AUGGUGCACGGCGAUGGUGUAGAAGACACGCCGACCCCGCCACAGCUAACAGACAGGCCCACGCUCUACGCAGGCUGCUGUCUCGCCCUCAGCAAGCCCCUCGUCGCCCACGUCCACUCGCUCCUUCCGCCUGCGCCCGCCCUGACGCUCUCCAUCGGCAGUGGCUUCGGCCUGCUCGAGGCGCACCUCGCUGCCGCACCGUACCACGCCCGCAUCGUCGGCGUCGAGGUCGAGCCGAGCCCGAACACGUACCUGCCCGCCGCCCGCCACCGCAUCGUCCAUGGCACGCGGUUUCUCGAGCCGCUCGCUGCGGAAGCCUCGGCCUGGCUGUUCGUCUAUCCGCGCCGCGUUGGGCUGGUGGACGAGUACCUGGCAGCGCAUGGCCGCGUGAGCGAGAGUCGGCGUGUGCACGUGAUUGUCUGGAUAGGCCCACAGGCGGACUGGGACGACUAUGCGCGCUGCUUCACACCAGACUGGAAGGUGCACAUACAGAGCGCUGACGCAGUUGGCGGCAAGCCAUGGGAGCUGAUUGCCACGGCAAAUCGUGCCCCUCCAUGA